ACCUAAUGAGAAGUGGUUAAUUAAGAUGGUAAUGAUAAUUCAAAAUCUCCAUUGAGAAAAAAACUUGUUGGACAAGAUUUUCAUAAUAACAAUAAAGGCCUCUAGUAUAUAAAUAUUAGAGACGACCUCCCGUUUCAUUAUUUACGAUGAAGACAGCAAUUGUUUUGGUUUUAGUGGCGGUGGCCCAAAGUGCCAAGUUUCCCACAAAUUUUCACAAAUGUAACCGCAAAGACCCCGAUUUUGACAAAUGCACCCUCGAAGCCGCCAAUAAUGGACUUGCACAGCUCACUAAAGAUUUCCCCGAAAUUCAUUUACCGAGCCUGAACCCUUUGGAAGUUAGUGAACUUAAAAUCGGGGCUGGGUCUGAAGGGGUGGUUAACGUCCAACAAAAUUUCAAAAAUUGCAAGUUGUACGGUAUUGAUAAACUACGUUUGGACAAUUUCCGUUUUGAUUUUGAAAAAAAAGUCCUUGAAGGUAAUGGCUUUAUCCCUGAAAUUAAAAAACUCUGUGACUACGAACUCAACGGCAAAGUGCUCCUCUUACCAAUUGUUGGCACCGGCAAAAGCACCGUUAUUUUAAGGGAUAUUAAACUUGGGGCCCACUAUAACUUCGAAGAAGUCCAAAAGAAGGGAAAACAUUUCAUGAAUUUCAAAUCCUUCACAGUGUCAUUUAACCCCGAUUUUGUUUCAUUUGAUUUCGAGAAUUUGUUCAAUGGUGACAAACAACUGGGCGAUAAUAUUAAUAAAGUACUGAACGAGAACUACAAGGAGGUGUUUGCUGAUGUUCAGAAGGGCUAUGAGGAAGGUUUUGGACUCGUGGUUGAAAAUAUUCUCAAUAAUUUGUUUGCCAAAGUCUCGAUUGAGGAAGCUUUCGACUAUCCCAAUGCGAUUCUCCAGUUUACAGCGAAAUACAAUGCAAUUAUUUUGAUAAUUUUGCAAAAAAACACUUACACAUUUACACAUAUAAAAGACAAGAGUUUUACAAAAAUUGCAAACAACAUGAAGACGUUGUUAAUUGUUUUUGUGGUGGCCCUCAAGUGCCAAGCUGUGAAAUUUCCCCACACUUUCAAACUGUGCAAACGCUCAGAUCCGGACUUUCCCAAGUGUUUGAGGGAAGCAGCUGAGUUUAAUAUUCACCAGCUAGUUCACCCGUUCAAAGAUCUGAGAAUACCGGGGCUCAAACCCUUACUGAUUCCGUCACUGGUGAUUGGGUCGGGCAAAAGGGCCGUCGCCGUCGAGCAACGUUUCCAUAAUUGUAAUUUUCACGGAUUUGAACACGUUUUAUUGGAAAAAUUUGAAUUUGAUUUUAAGAAAAAUACGCUAAUUAUCGACAGCCACAUUCCUGAAGUUACGAAAAAGUGUGAUUAUAAGUUAAGUGGCAGGGUUUUGCUUUUGCCGAUACAGGGUGAAGGGGAAAGUACCAUUGUGUUAAAAAACGUAACGAUUGCGGGAUAUUUCAAUUACGAGACUGUGAAACGAAGUGGAAAAACAUAUUUGAGGUUCGUUGACCAUCACUUAUCACUAGACGUCAGCCAUGUUUACUACCAUUUCGAUAAUCUCUUCAACGGUGAUAAGGCCCUGGGUGAUAACAUCAACAAAGUGUUGAAUGAUAACUGGAGUGAAGUCUUCGAAGAUGUGAAAGGUGGAUAUUCGGAAGUCAUGAACCAGAUAAUUCAAACGCUGUUGAAUAAUUUUUGGUCGGUGGUCUCCCUUGAGGAUGCUUUCGGCGAAAAAUAGUUAUCACUAUGUACAACAUUGUAAUUAAAUAAAUGGGUAAUAAAAUCGCGUCA